GCAUAUGUAAUUACAAAUAAAAAAUGUACAUAAAUGUCAGGCAUACUUGGGCAUACGUAAAGUAUGCAUACAAAAAAGAAUUAUAAACCACUCCACAUAGCGUGCUGUCGAACCAAAUUGAAUAUUUCACCAUUUCUUAAAAGAAAUGCUUAUUUGUUGUCUGAAAUAGAUUUAAAUAGUUUUAAAAAGUUCCGACUUUAAGUUUCAUAAAUGAUCACAAUUUUAAAACAAUUAAAGAACAAUAUCAAAGAUGAGUAUACACCAUGCGACUAACAUUGCCAUUUUUUCAAAGACUAAACGCUAUGAAAACUAUAUAGAAAAUUCAUGAAAUGUUAAUGAUAUGUUAUUUAAAAUAAUUAUGUUCAAUGAAUCAGGUAAAGGGUACCUUCAACAACGAAACAUUUGAAAUUCAAGAGGACGCUGAGAAGAAUGUUCAUAUCGAGCUUUUACUUGUUACAGGAAGUUUUAGAACUGUUUUAGCAAUAGGAGGUAAAGAUGUUUACAGACAAACAUUUGAAGAAGUUCUCGAGGAGAACUCGAACGUAUGUUUUACAAAUGAGACAUGCUCAACUGAUAUAUCUGACGUCACCGGUGCUGACGUAGUAGAAAGUCAUUCUGCAGAUUCAACGAGAGCAAAUGAUCCUCAAUGUGAUAAUAUGUGUAACAAAAUGUACACUGAGAAAGAUGAAAAUAGUUUAUCAUUAUAUAAUGAAGACAAAAUUUUCAACUUUAAGAUCAAAGAUACCGGUAUGAUUAACAACGUAUCUGACGUUUAUAUAAAUAAGGGUGUUGAUUACAAUGGAAUUUGCGAUGAACCCGGAAGCAAUGAUGAGACAGAAGUAUUAGAACCAGAUAAAGAAAUCAACUUAUCUUUUGAUAGCAGUGAUAGCAACGCAAAUGCAUUUUCUGUAGAUGAUAAAGACGAUUCCUUACUUACAGAGCCGUCAUCAUUUAGCCAGGACCCCUACCAUAAAGUGAGAAAUAAAAAACAAAAGGCGCUAAGCAACGAAACAGUUGAUAUACGCAGGAACAGAACUGAAUUGUUGAAGACCAUGCGUUCUGAUAAAUUAGCCGAAUACUUUUUUGAGCACUCGUUAAUAAGUGAAGACAACUUGGACGAAAUAAGCGAAUAUGUGAAGAAAGACAAUAUCUGGGGUGCAAAUUCGUAUUUUCUUCGAAUACUUCGGAACAGACGCAUUACAAAGCAAAAAAUAGAAGUUGUGUUAUCAAUUGCAGAGGAGCCUCAUUUGCUGGGCCUUUUGUUUCCGAUACAAUCACAGUUUGAAAGUGCUUCCACUCAAACUGACGACCUUUAAAUCAAACAUACUGAUGGAGUACAAGCGAUCAAUUCAUUGAAAAUUUAAUAAGAAGCUCUGUAUCAGAGCUUGUAUGAACUUGUAUGCAGAAAUUAUAAAACAAAUGAUUACACGUGCAUUCGCCCACAGGGCUGUUCUGUAGUAGAUUAUUGUUUAGUAAGUCAUGAUGACUUUUAUUCAUGUUUAAUGAGUUUGAAGUUAUACGAUCAUCAAGUCUUGUUUCAAAUGUACAAUUUCCACACCCAGUAGGUAUACCGGAUCACUGCCUUCUUUUAUGGAAUAUAUGCUAUGAGUUUGACAAGGGGUUUGAACCUGUAAAUAACCAACAGUCUCAUGAGCAAACAAAGUAUCUUACUAAUAGAAUCCCAGAAAACUUUCUGUCUGAGAAUGAGGUAUAUAAUGAGCUUAGUUGAUCAGUUAGAGCAAUGUGUAAGAACACAGGAAUGUGUAGAUGAUGCUUAUAUCUCAUUAUGUAAAACUAUUAAAAAUGAGAUGUUAGAUAAAAUACCUAGUAAAACUGUACAUUUUGGUUGCUUAAAUAAACACAGACGGGUUAAGAAACCUUGGUGGUGUGAAGAUCUAACAUACUUGUGGAAUAUUGUAUAUGCAGCUGAGGAAAAAGUGGGUAAACUGUACUGUUACAAACAUUAAAAAACAAUUAAGAAUGCACUAUAAUUCUUGUCGCUAAAAAUAUAAUAGGGCUGUGCAAAGAGCAAAGAGACAGUUUUGGUACAAAAUGCAAGAAGAUAUGCUUUGUUAUGUAGAGCAAGACCAGAAUAAAUUUUGGAAAACAAUAGGAAAGCCUGGUGUGUCUAGUGCUAAAUCAAAGCCAAUACCCCUAGAAGUAUUAGAUGAGCAAGGGUCUGUAAAUACAAAUAUUGGUUAUGUACUUUAUACAUGGAAAAAUAGAUUUGAAAUUUUAUAUAAUGAUGUAACAACUACAGCAAAUAAUGGUACUAGUACUUCUGUAUUGUCUGAGCCUGAGGCAUCUGCAUUAAACAGGAAUAUUUCUAUUUUUGAAGUUCGUGGUGCAAUAUUAAAAUCAGGUAGAAAUAAAGCAAGUGGUGUUGACGACCUGCCAUGUGAAAUUUUUAGAAAUGAUACUGCACUUUUAGUUUUACAUAAGCUUUUUAAUGUAUGUUUUGAAACUGGUUAUGUCCCUUGUGACUGGGGUAAAGGUAUUAUUACGCCCAUUCCGAAAUCAAAUACUAAAGAUCCAAGGGAUCCAUCGAAUUACAGGGGUAUUACCUUGGCCCCAACUAUGUACACGUUAUAUUGUUCAGUUCUCAAUGAUAGACUUGCAAAACGGCUUGAAGAUAAUGAAUUACUUGCAGAAGGGCAAAACGGUUUCAGAAAAAAAGAGAAGUACUACAGAUCAUUUACAUAGCCUAACAACACUUAUUGAGUCACGACUAAAGAGAAAAACUGCUACUUUUGCGGCCUUCAUUGACUUCAAAAGGCAUAUGAUACUGUAGACCGCUCUGUUUUGUGGAACCGUAUUGCUAACAUGGGUGUUAAUAAUAGAAUGUUAAAAGCCAUUUAAUCUUUGUAUGCUAAUGUAAGUUCAUGUGUUAAAAUUAAUGGCUAUAAAACAGAAUGGUUUGAUGUUAAGAUUGGUUUGAGACAAGGAUGCAUUUUGUCACCUGUCCUUUUUAAUUGCUUUAUAAAUGACCUUGCCUUAACUAUAAACUCGUUAGAUUUGGGCUUAGAAUUAAAUGAUGGUACUAAGGUAUCUAUCUUAUUAUAUGCAGAUGACAUUGUUCUACUAGCAAAAUAUGAAAAUGAUUUGCAGAUUAUGUUGAAUACCUUGUGUCAUUUGUGUGAUAUUAACAAUAUGUCUAUUAAUAUGUCUAAAAGUAAUGUUAUACACUUUAGAACAUCAUCUAUGUCUAUAUUUGAGUAUGUAUUUAAAUGUAAUGGCAAUGUGUUAGACUAUACAGACAAAUAUACUUAUUUAGGUCUUGUAUUGAAUGAGUUCUUAGAUUAAAAUGUAACAGCAAAGUUUGUGUCACAAGCAGCAGGUAGAGCCUUGGGCCUUUUAAUUGUUAAAUUCAAACAUAUGGGUGGCAUGCCCUACCAUGUUUUUAAAAAGUUGUACGACUCGCUAGUUUGGCCGGUAGUAGCAUAUGGGGCUUCCAUUUGGGGAACAAAACAGUUUGCAUGUAUUGAUGCCGUCCAAAACAGAGCUAUGAGGUUCUUUUUGGGUACAGGUAGAUAUACCCCCCAACUCUGCUGUUGCUGGUGACAUGGGCUGGGAACCAGUGUUUGCUAAGCAGGUAAAAUGUGUAAUUAAUGUUUUAUGUAGAUUUUCCAAUAUGCCAGAUUCACGUCUGAAUAAAACGAUCUUUAAACAUUGUAAAUAUGUGUCUGGUACCAACUGUAAAAACUGGAAUUAUAGAGUACAAGAUAUUUUGAUAAGGUACAACUGUGGUGAUUAUAUUGCUAUUGAACAUGUACAUUUACACAAGAAAAAAUUGUUAGGAACAGUUGUAGACAAUGUUUUCAGUGAAUAUCUAGACAAAUAGAUUGAAUCACUUCACCUGAUAUAUAGUUCUAGCAAUUGUGGUCUUAAUAAACUAAGAACAUAUAGAAACUUCAAGUUUAGCUAUGAGACAGAAGAAUAUGUCAAAACUAUACUGCAUAGCAAACAUAGAUCUGCAUAUGCUAAAUUUCGCUGUGGAGUAGCCCCAAUUAGGCUAGAGACUGGUAGAUAUGAGCGUCUGGCAGUAAAUGAUAGAAAUUGUCCUUUAUGCCAUUUAGGGGUAGAAAAUUAAAAACAUGUGUUGUUGUACUGCAAUGUUUAUUCUGACAUUAGGUUCGACCUGUUUGUAAAAGCUAUAGAAAUAGAUAGUGGGUUUGAAAACUUAAGUGAUGAUGAACAGUUAUACUUUAUACUCUCCAAUCCAAAUAUUCUUAAGUGUGCGGCAAAAUCCUGUUAUCAAAUUCUUAACAUUCGAAAUAGAUAUAUGUAUCACAACACUUGAGACUCAGUAGAUGAUUUUAAACAUUAUAAAAUAAGUAUUGUAUAUAAAAUAUAAGAUAAUAUUUGCUUUGACAAUACUUGUAUAUAUCUUCAGACUUGCGGUGUCUCCAGAUAUAUGGUAGUAAAAUGUCGAAAUAAAUUAAUUUUAUACAUGGGUAGGAUUUUCUUAAUAAUAGUUAGGUUUUUUUUUAUCACAUGAUAAGACAUGGUUGCUAAUCUAGUUCUCAUUUCUAAUCUUAUUAAAGUAAGGAAGUUUGGUUUUAGAGGGCUGAUCAUUACUUACGACAGAAUUUUAAGUGUUUUACAUGUCAGCUUGUUUUUAGAUAAAUUUUAGAUAAAUUUUAUGUUUGGAUUAGCAACUGUGUCCUAUUAAUUUUUAACUGCCUAACUAUAUGGAAAAUAUUGAUGUCUGGUUUAUGUGCAGUCAUAGUGUGGGUGGAGCAACGAAGUGUCAUCAUAAGGUUAACACUUCGGUGUUCUAUAAAUGCUGCUUACUGCUUAGCGUAUAUUCAUGUAUAUUGUUCAUUAAUUGUAUAUGCAGUGGAGUUCCACUAAUAAGACCACCUUGAAUGUUUCAAAAUCAUGCAAAUUUCGGCAAUAUAAAGAACCAGAGUUUAAGUUAUGGAGCUGAAGUGGCUCGCUGAUGGGACCUUUCCGCUGUUGGGGCCAUCAUUUUGUGUGGUCUUUUUGGUGGAACUUUACUGUAUAUGUAAACAUAUAUGUAAACAUAUAGUAUAUCAGAUAAUUCUUUUUAGAAUGACCAUAUUGUAAUUGUAAUUUUAUAUGUCUCUUAUAAUUGUUAAAUAUGGAUGAGACUCAAAUAAAAUAAAAUAUAUAUAUAUACAUGUAUAAUCAACCUAAGAUAAUAUUCGUGCCAAAUUAUUGUUAACUUUCAAUAAUUGAUAAUUAGGAAAAUAUGCGCUACUUAUUGUUUAAGUAUAUGUAUGUAUUAUAUACAUGUAUGAUCAACCUAAGAUAAUAUUCGUUCCAAAAUAUUUUUAACUUUGAAUAAUUUGACACGAGUGAAAUAUGCGCUAUUUAUUGUUUAAGUAUAUGUAUGUAUUAUAUACAUGUAUAAUCAACCUUAUAUAACAUUCGUCCUAAAUCAUUUUUAACUUUAGAUUAAUUUGACACGCAUAAAAUAUGCGACAUUUAUUGUUUAAGCAUGUGUAUGUAUUAUAUACAUGAAUAAUCAACCUAAGAUAAUAUUCGUCCCAAAUUAUUUUUAACUUUAGAGUAAUUUGACACGCGUAAAACAUGCGCUAUUUAUUGUUAAAGUAUAUGUAUGUAUUAUAUACAUGAAUAAAUAUAGUUGAAUAUAUACAUGUUAAAUAAACAUUAAAACAUAUUCGAAUGAGUCAUUUCAAACUUUGAAUAGCUUGACACAGAUAUGAUAGUUUUACUUAAUGUAUUUACAUAUUUUGUACAUUGUAUAUUAUGUUCUGAUUUAUAAAUUAUGUAUAUAGAUUAGCUAUGCACGAUUUAGUAUUAAAUACGUAUACAUUUGAUAUAAUCGACUUGGAAUAAUGUUAUAUUUAAACAACUAUAAACUCUGAAACAAUUAUUCAUGGGUAAAUUAAAACAUGCACAGUUCAAUAUUUACCCGCGUUUACAUAUAUAAUCAUUUUAAUAUAAUAUUAAUAUUCCAACAUAUUUCAAGAAAAUCAAACUUGAGAAAUAUGUACUAAGAUUUUAAAAAAAAAGACUAUUUAAGUUUUAAGAUUCAAGUAAUAUUGUUUUACAUGUUAUGUGCGAUUAAUGUAUGAUUUUGUAAUAUGUAUCACCCUAUCUCUACUGUGUUACUAACGCAGUAAGAUCAUUUUUUGCCUAUUUUGACCUCUUUUGGUAAUUUACAUGGAUUGUAAGCGCCGUUUGCAAUGUAUAAAACUAUCUUUGUUCACUUAACAAUAUUUUGCUUUUAAACACAUUUUAAAAAAUUUCAUGAAAGUUAGCAUGAAUCUGAAGAUAUGCUGCUUUAAGAUUUGAAUUAAUUUUUACGUGUGAGAUUCGUUUUAAAAUUUAUAAAUUGCAUUGUAAAAAGAUCUGACAUAUGUUUAAAAGGAUCUUAAACAAGUUGUUAUUCAUUUUUCAUCAAUUCUCUAUCUUAUUAUAUUUUCGAAUGUGAACAAAACUACAUCAUUAAAAGUGGUGACAUUGUGGGGUAUGCAUAUCUGACAACAUGUUAAAGGUACAUUUUGUUUCAGAUACGAAGAAAGUUUUACUUCUUUAGAAAGGACAAAUAUGAAUUUUAUAAAUUUAAAUAAUUGUUUUAGGUUAUGUAAGAUGCUUGUAACCUGAACAAUUUAGAGAUAAAUGUGUAAUAUUUUGUCAAAAACUUUAGCAACAUGCAGUUCAAAAUUGACUUGCACUCAAAAUAUUAAAUCACUUUUACUGUAUGAAUAAUUGUUAAAAAGCAACAGAUAAAAAUGAUGAUUAAAACAAUUGGCCUAUGAGUAAGUUUUUGAAAACUAUAUAAAUACGCCCAAAAAAUGCUUUUGAGGAAUGAGUGAUGCAUAAUGGGCAUUUUGGUAUGUACAUAUAUAAUGCGUAAAAACAUAGAAAUUACAACAUUACUGUUAGCUAGAGAUUUGCAUACUUCAUAUAAUGUAUGCAAUUUCAGCUCCCAUAUGUGUUCACUCAGGAUCAAGAUCGGGAUCAAUUUUAAAAACUCAAAUAUUCUCCAUUGUUUAUCUUCAUAGAUUUAAUAUUAAAUAUAUACUUGAUAAAAAUAUAGAACCAUGUUUUUGAAAUUCUAGAUAAUAAACAAAAUAUGGACAUUUUACAGUUGAUCCAAAUAUUGAUUAUAACAUAGUUUACACUUCAAAUGCCGAUAUGAUAUGAUAGUUAUCAUUUUUUCACGAUGUAGCACCGUGAAACAGUCUUGAUUAACAAGUUUAUGUUAACAUAAUAUAUUAUUCUACAAAGCAAUGCUUUAAUUUGUACACUUCCUGUAAACCAAUGUACAAGGGUGAGUAGAAUAGUAAAGAUUAUUUCUUCUACUUAUUUUUCAAACAAUUAAAUGUAUGUACAACAUCUACAUACGUGUAUAGAUAUUAAAAUAGUGGGAAUUGUGGCCUUUGCCACUUGUAUAUAGGGCUCAUCGUGAAGACGUGGGUACCCUUGACACAGACCACCAUUGAGGUCGAAGGUCAGGAGUGCAGGGCGCGUGUUAUCGCAGAAAGACCGUACUCGUACUUUAGCUUCUAGGAGCCAGAUCAUGCUCUGUUUGAGUUCAAGUCCACGAAAGUAUCGGCGGAGACUACAGAUCCGGCUAAUCUUAAUUACUUUUAUCUAAAAAAAUCUAGUGUUAUAUGUAACUAACUAUAUUUAUACAGAAAGAUUCGGCAUAUUUAGUUUCUUUUCUCUCUCUAAGAUCAUAUUCGACUAAAGGGAAGUAAAUAAGAAUGCGUAAACAUACGUUAGAUGAAUUAAAUUAGUAAUCCCUAUUUCUGUUCCACGAAUUCCUAAAGUUCGUGGAAACGCUGAUGACACAUAUAGAGAUCAGUUUAUGGUGCAAGUAUUUUAAGUUUUUCAUCGGGAGCCAUGACAUUGUAGUAUCAUUAUAUCCUCAUAAUGUAACCUGAUAGAGUCUAAAAUUGUAUUAAAUGUAUAGAGUGUGUACUUGAAAUUUGAAACUCUUACAUAUGUUAUGUAUACUUUAUUUUGAUUAAAUUAUAACUGUAUUUUUGUUUUAGUAUAAUGUGUAUGUUAUUCUACAAUAUGUUUUUUUUCUACAAAUCAGCAUCAAUUUAUCAAUUCUAGUUUCAUAAUACAAUGAAAAUUAAAUCAGGAUCAUUUAAUUUUGAUAAUGAACACGGGACCAGGGUAUCAGAUGCUCUAGAUUGUUUCUUAGACAUAUGUGGUGAGAAUUUGUUAUUGUUUUAUGUAAUCUUUAUAUUUUUAUUUCUUGCUAACACUGGUCAUGUCCAUGCAUAUAAGCCUAUUUUGAAAGUUUUCUCUUUUUUCUCAUUUUUUUAAAAAUCCUUUUUUUUCAAAAAUGGAUACAGUUUUUAACAUAUAUUUUAUUCUACGUAUGGAUUAUACACUUAAUGUUUUUUAUAAUAAGAUUUUUCAGUUACUUAGUAAGUCACAAUAUAUUCUCCUUUGCUAUUAAAGUUUUCUAUUUGGUAUUUUUGAAAGAAAAAAUACGAAUGUAACUGCGCAUGUCUGAAUAAAUGAUCUUAUAUGUACUAACUAAUGUUAUUUUAAUUUACAAUAAACAGUGUGUACCCAUUGUCUUCGAAAAAUUUUCUGCACAUUUAUAAAAUGUUUUUUGUGUAUAUUAGGUUUAAACACUAGAUUAGCACACUUGACAACAUCUCCAAAAAUAAUAACUCAUUUUCAAAGAAAAAAGUCCAUAAAAAUGUACAAAUCCAGGGGUGUGCUGCUUUAAACUAUGUACACACAUCAAAGAUACAAUGUAUAUUAUUCCUUCACAUUUCUAUGCAGUAGUUUUUGUACUUUACAAAUAAAUCUUUUGAUGUAAUCAUAA